AGUUGGAGGUUAUCUGGUAGGGAGUAAGAGUGACCGAAGAACCUUUUGCUGCAACUAGAAUACUGACCGAGUCCAGACGGGUUGAGCUUCAUGAGCACCGAAUAUGGUUGGGCUGCUAACUCGGUUCUCGAAUAUACGGUGGUACUAGCAAAUUCGUCAAUCGUCACUGUUAGCGAGACUAAUCAUCCUGACCUCUGGAUGGCUCUCAAAGGGGGUGGGAACAACUUCGGUAUUGUGACGUCGUAUCUGCUUCAAGCAUACCCUCAGGGCGACAUAUGGGGUGGCAACCUUGAAUUCGAUGCCACGCCAGAGAAUAACGCCGCUAUCCUAGCUGCGGUUCGUAAUUUUACCGAAAACUACCCUGAUAAGAAGGCUGGCAUAAUCGUAACGUCUGAAAGAACUCUGAGCACACUGAUCGACAUCUGGGUCUUGUUUCUUUACUACAACGGGCCCGAGCCACCGCAAGGCGUAUUCGAUAGCUUCCUCGCUAUCGGGCCUAACAUCAACACCUGCAAGACACAGAGGUAUGCUGACCUCCUCAGCGGGAACAACUGGUCCGUCCUGAAGGGCAGUGUCUAUACCAUCGGAACGGAAACUAUUCCAUUGCCUAGCAAGGAGUAUGGUCCCGAAGUCAUGCAGGCCAUCUAUGACCACUGGGUGAAGGUCAGCGAUACGACCAAAUUUGUUCCAGGACUCGUUGCCAGUAUCGCUUUCCAACCCAUGCCAAGAGGAGUAGCAACGAUUGCCAAAUCCAAGGGUGGAGAUAUGCUAGAUCUAGAUGAUGACCACGACCGUAUUAUUGUCGAGCUGGACUACAGCUUCUAUUCCAAGUUGGACUUUGAUCAGGUUGACAUAACGAUGCGCGCUACAUAUGGUGGUUUCCAGAGCAUUGUUAAGGGAUACCAGCAAGGUGGUGUGCUCCCAUCUGAUGUGUACCUGCCGCUUUUUAUGAACGACUGUUUCUACCCACAGGAUUACUUUGGCAGAUUGAGGCCGGAAAAGUUGCAGUUGGCUCAGACUGUCCAAUCUCAAGUUGACCCUGAUGGCUUCUGGAGUGAGAGGACAGGAGGAUUCAAGAUAGCCUCGAAGCAAUAAGUAUGAUAAUUAAAUGAUUAAGCAUUCUCAUUAGUGAGAAAUAUGAUCAUUGUCAAACCAAAUCAAAUCAAAGCACAAUUAUCUGUUCAA